AUGACGAAGUCUUUUCUGAAGGAUAUCUUAGUAGAUGAAUUUCGAGCAUCAAAGAAGAAGAAGACCGCAGCUGAUGUGCAAGAUCUGCUCCAUAUGGAAUAUGGUAUUGAUCUCACGUAUAGUCAGGCAUACCAUUGUUUGAAGUUCACUAAAGAGUUUCUUUGGGGUGAUGACAUCAAGUCUUAUUCAGACCUUCUUUGGUACAAAGAUUCAAUUGAACCUUAUGAUCCUGGUAGCGUCGUCAAGUUUGAGUAUGAUGGUGAAACGAAGCAGUUCCAGAGGUUUUUUGUUGCUUUUGAAGCUUCUAUUACUGGUUUCAAUAAGUAUUGUCGUCCGAUGUUGUUUAUUGAUUGUACUUUCCUCACUGGGAAGUUUAAGGGCGGUCUUAUGGUUGCUUGCGGAAAAACUGGUAAUCAAGAGAUCUAUCCAGUUGCAUUUGGAAUAGUUCCCUGUGGAAAUGGUGCCAGUUGGGAAUGGUUCUUAACCAAUUUGAAGGGUAUUAUCAAUGAAGACCGCCCACUGACCAUCAUAUCAGACCGUGGAGCUGGCCAUUUGAAGCAUGUCCCUAUUGUCUUUCCAAAAGCUUUUCAUUCUUUCUGUUUGUAUCACAUGAAAGGUAAUAUUCCGGUUCCAAAGGGAAAGAAUAGGCAAACUGCUGUGAGGCUGUUUGAAGAGUGCUACACUGCGUUAACAAAGGAGAAGUUUCAUACUGCUGCCAAGAGUAUGAGCAAUCUGAAGAUGGAUUCAGUUAUUGAUUGGAUGGUAAAGAUAUCGUUCAAGAACUGGGCUGCUCAUGCAUUUCUAGUAGAAAGGUUUGGUGAGAACACAUCAAACAUUGCUGAGACUUUUAACAGUGUGAUUAAGCAUGAUAAGCGGCUUCCAGCACUUGAGCUUCUAGAUUCUAUUCGUGCUUAUGUAAUGGAGCAGAACUACAAGAGGAAGGUGGAUUCUGGUAAGUGGACUGGAAAGCUUACUCCUCGGAUGCAGGCUAGGCUCAACAAGAGGGUCAUUGAUUGCCGUUUUUACAAGUUCCAUAGAUCAAGUGAUAAAUUUUUCGAGAUCAUUUAUCCUACUGGAAAGCACUUAGUUGAUUUGGAUGCUAAGACUUGUACUUGUAAUUGGUGGCAGAAGCAUAGUUUCCCUUGCACCCAUUCGAUGAAAUCCAUGUUGCAGAUUGGUCCAGAUGAACCCUAUAAGUACAUCAUACCAUAUUAUACCACCGAGUACUAUAGAGGUCUGUAUGCUCGUCCUAUCUAUCAUAUUCCCGACAGUGAGAGGCCUCUUAAAAUCAAUGAGGAAGGUUAUGUUUUGCCUCCCAAUGGCGGUCGUGAGUCAGCUGGAAGGCCAACUACUUCAAGGUUCCAGGCUUACUGA